AUGUCGCUGUCAGCCACGAGCCAUUCAUUGACACCUCAAAGUGAUUUGGACUCCAGCAGCUCUGAAGAAUUCUAUCAGGCCGUUCACCAUGCUGAGCAAACCUUCAGGAAAAUGGAAAGUUACUUGAAACAACAGCAGCUCUGUGAUGUUAUCUUGAUUGUUGGGAACCGCAAGAUACCCGCACACAGGCUUGUUCUGAGCUCAGUCUCAGACUAUUUUGCUGCCAUGUUUACAAGCGAUGUUUGUGAAGCCAAGCAGGAGGAAAUCAAGAUGGAAGGCAUAGACCCCAAUGCCCUCUGGGAUCUUGUACAAUUUGCAUAUACAGGUUGCUUGGAAUUAAAGGAAGACACCAUUGAAAACCUCCUCGCGGCAGCCUGCCUUCUUCAGCUGCCCCAAGUGGUGGAAGUGUGCUGCCAUUUCCUGAUGAAGCUUUUGCAUCCAUCCAACUGCUUAGGAAUCCGAGCAUUUGCAGAUGCCCAAGGGUGCAUUGAAUUAAUGAAGGUGGCUCACAGCUACACAAUGGAAAACAUAAUGGAAGUUAUAAGAAAUCAAGAGUUUUUACUGCUUCCAGCUGAGGAGCUCCAUAAACUCCUGGCCAGUGAUGAUGUAAAUGUUCCUGAUGAAGAAACCAUCUUCCAUGCACUAAUGAUGUGGGUGAAGUAUGACAUGCAGAGAAGAUGCAAUGACUUGAGUAUGCUUCUCGCCUUUAUAAGACUGCCCCUGCUUCCACCACAGAUAUUGGCUGACCUAGAAAAUCACGCAUUAUUUAAGAAUGAUCUGGAAUGUCAAAAGUUGAUUCUGGAAGCAAUGAAAUAUCAUCUAUUGCCAGAAAGAAGAACUUUAAUGCAAAGUCCAAGAACUAAACCUAGAAAAUCUACAGUUGGAACUCUGUAUGCUGUAGGAGGAAUGGAUAACAACAAAGGAGCUACAACCAUAGAGAAAUAUAACCUCAGAACAAAUUUGUGGAUCCAGGCAGGGAUGAUGAAUGGCCGGAGAUUGCAGUUUGGUGUGGCUGUUAUUGAUGACAAGCUCUUUGUAAUUGGAGGUCGAGAUGGCUUAAAGACAUUGAACACUGUUGAAUGUUACAAUCCCAAAACAAAGACCUGGACUGUCUUACCACCGAUGUCAACACAUCGACAUGGUCUAGGUGUGACCGUACUUGAAGGCCCGAUUUAUGCUGUGGGAGGCCAUGAUGGCUGGAGCUAUCUGAAUACAGUGGAGAGAUGGGAUCCCCAGAGUCAGCAGUGGACUUUUGUUGCAAGUAUGUCAAUUGCCCGAAGCACAGUUGGUGUAGCAGCACUGAAUGGCAAGUUGUACUCAGUUGGAGGCCGUGAUGGAAGUUCAUGUUUGAGUUCAAUGGAGUAUUAUGAUCCUCAUACAAAUAAGUGGAACAUGUGUGCUCCAAUGUGUAAAAGAAGAGGGGGUGUUGGAGUAGCCACAUGUGAUGGUUUCCUUUAUGCAGUAGGAGGUCAUGAUGCUCCUGCUUCAAAUCACUGUUCCCGGCUACUUGAUUACGUAGAAAGAUAUGAUCCCAAAACAGACACAUGGACCACCGUGGCUCCUUUGAGUAUGCCCAGAGAUGCUGUUGGAGUUUGUCUCCUCGGUGACAGAUUAUACGCUGUUGGUGGCUAUGAUGGGCAGACAUACCUCAACACCAUGGAAUCCUAUGAUCCACAAACUAAUGAGUGGACUCAGAUGGCUUCCUUGAAUAUUGGGAGAGCAGGUGCCUGUGUAGUAGUCAUCAAGCAACCUUGACUUAUUUUUAUUUGGAGAGAUUUUAUUUGCUGGAGUAGUUAUUUUUAUAUCAGAGGGCAAGAAUAAGAAUUUCCUGAGAUGUGAACUCUUCAAGAACAAGGAUUUCUGCAGAUUCACCUACUGAUGUCAAUUGAGGUAGAAGAUCAAACAGAAAACAAACUGCUAUGGGAACAACAUCUGGCCAUGUAUUAGCUCAGGAAUGGUCAUUGGUAAUUUGUUUUGUAUUGUAGCAUACAAUAGCUGGAGUUACCAAAGGCUUGUUUUUCUUGAGCAAUUAAAAGGAGAAACCAAUAUGUGUGACAUGGAUAAUUUCAUUAUUUAUAAUUGCUUGAUAAUAUCUGACAAUAUUCAAGAGGUUGCCCACUGUAGAAGACAUGAUAUUUCCAUCUGACAGAAUCUGAUUGGUUUACUGUUCUCCUAAUCAGAUAUGGUCAGACCAGGAGGCAGAAUUAUGUUUUAUAAAAACAAACAUGUGUCUUCCUCAUUUUCCUAACCUAACCUACAAGGAUAAUUAGAGAAACAGAUUCAUGCUUGGCUCAGACAUUCAGAAGACAAACUGUCCUGCUAAUCAAAGCUGAAUAUACCAUCAGAAGCGAUGGUUAGUUUUUAUUGCAACUGUAUUAGUGACUUGAAGCUGGCAGGCAAAAAGGGUUGUUUCAUUAGGCUAUCACAUUGCUUCGCUUUUUGACUACAAUGAGCCAAAGUAUCAGUGCAAUUACGGGCUUUUGCCUUAUGUUGAGGUCGUAAGCAUGGAAGCUAGUUAUUCUGGGUGUUAUUUAUAUAUAUAUAUCCAUUGCAUGUUGAAGUCCUUUAGAAUUUUCUUUAUAAAAAACAACAACUUAGAAUUUUGAGACAGAAAUCUAGGAUCAAUUCAUUUGAAGUGUUAAUAAUCAUUGUUAGAAUGAAGGCAGACUUCAGAUUUUCAUUCCCCACUUUUCAAACUUGUUACAUUGAUAUGCAUAUUAUUUUAUGCCAAAUGUUUGGCAUUGUUUACGGCAUAAAGUGGAAACAUUACACAAUGUCUUUAAUAGAUCCAUGUAAAUUUUAAAUACAAUUAAUAAAUGAUAGAAAAUUUGCUUUUA